UGGACUUUUCAUCAGCGCAAGAGGACGUUUUGCUGUGCGUUGGAUUUUCUUUACUAAUUCACUUAAAGAAAAUUACUAAAAUUAAUUUUCACAUCAGUAUGGAAAUCUCUGCUCCCCGACAUCAGGAAAAUGACCCAGAAUGAAACAUCGAGAUUGAGGUGGUGGCUGUUUCAGGGAGUGGACGACAAAAGCAGCAAAAGUGGACGUUUCCAGAGCUGAGUACAGGAGACGCGCAUCACUUUGCUGGAUAGUGGAGAGGCGCACGGGAGCGCACGAGCCAGUUCAAAGUCCUCUCUACAAACGCGACGAUAAACUCUACCGUAAGCUCACGGAACUUCAGCAUUCACUCCAAGAUGAAUGACUUCAACUGCACAUUAAUGCCUGAGAAUACCAGCACAUCGUUCUCCCAGUCCUUCACCACCAGCAAUAUCUCAGACACACUCCCUCCUAUGCCCUUCAAUGAAGUUACUGCAGUUAUCUACACCAUUGUCUUCAUUGUGGGAUUUUUAAGUAACACAAUAGCCAUCUAUGUAUUGGCACGCUACAAUAAGAUGAAGUCUGUAACUAACAUUUAUAUCCUCAAUUUAGCUGUGGCGGAUGAACUCUACAUCCUAGGAAUCCCCUUCAUAGGGACAAACAACACACUCUCUUAUUGGCCUUAUGGAAAUUUCCUCUGCAAAGUGUGUAUGACUUCUGAUGGCAUGAGCCAAUUUGCCUCCACAUUUUGCCUGACACUGAUGAGCAUCGAUCGCUUCUUUGCUGUGGCUUAUCCCAUUCGAAGUGCCAAAUGGCGGAAGCCACAAGUGGCCAAGAUCUUUAGCGGCCUGGUGUGGGUCGUGUCAUUUCUGAUGGUGUUGCCGCUCACCAUCUUCUCAAAGGUACAGGAGAAUUUCAACACCUGCAACAUAAGCUGGCCUGAACCAAUUAAGUAUUGGACUAUUACCUUCAUCCUUUACACCUCUAUCCUGGGUUUCUUUGGCCCUCUGGUUGUCAUCUCCCUCUGCUACCUGCUCAUUGUCAUCAAGAUGAAGUCAGCAGGUGUUCGUGCAGGCCUGACUAAACGCCGCAAGUCAGAGCGUAAAGUGACACGCAUGGUGUUAAUCAUCGUGUCGGUGUUUGUACUUUGUUGGCUGCCCUUUUAUACGACCAACAUUGUCAACCUGAGUUAUGUCAUCCCUGAGACCAAGACCACUGCUGCAAUCUACUUUUCACUGGUGAUCCUCACCCACGUCAACUCCUGCGCCAACCCAUUCCUAUAUGGUUUGCUCUCUGACAAUUUAAAGCAAAGCUUCGAGAAAGUGCUUUGUUUCCACAAACCAAACAGUGUUUUCACUGCAGACACUCCAACAACAAGACAGAAGUCUUCCAAGAUCGUCGAGAUGGAAGUUAUUACUAACCCUGACAGAGAACCUUUCACCCCAAAAACUGUGAUGAAUGGCCUGUAAUUGCUGAGGUUUUGAGCUGAAACAACAUGUGCUAACAUACUACCAUAUGGAACUUGGACAAGUUACCCCCUGGGGUUUUUAUUGACUGGGAAUUUCCUGUCAUUGUGCUUCAAUCCUGGUUCUCUUGGGCAUUUCAGCAGAGGACCAGAAGAGCUGUGUAUCUUUGAAAAGCAGUCACAAAUAGCAUUCAUUGCUAAUAUCUGCAUUUUUCUUUUUUUUAUAUAUAUAUGUGUACUUUUCACCAGAUUUAUUGUGGUGGAAGAAACUUUAGUUUAUGUGAUGGUGUAAUAUAAUUGUGAGACUAAACCUUAGUAUAAUUCAUUAUAAUUUCUUUCAGGUUUGGUCUUUCAACAAGAGACUCUGUCAUUUUAACUUACUGCCAAUGCUGUUGUGUUAUAAGGACAAAUUCACUAAGGUGUACAUGUUCACUGCACUAAGAAACUCAUGUGCAAAAUGUGACUGAAUCUGGCCCGUAAACGAUAAAAAGUGGAACUGACACAGUUACAGUAUGUAACACUCUUUCUUUCCUCCUAAGACUUUAUCAGAAAUCAACUUUUUUAUUCAUACAAUUUAAAAUAUCUAUUAUUUAUGUCAAACAUGGUCAUUGUACUUAUAAGUGUUUAGUUUGUAUUGCCACAACUGGAAAGAUAACCAUUCUCUUGGUUACUGUAAUGACCUCAAUAGCAAGCACAUUUGGGGCUAAUCUGGGCUACUUUUGGCACUCACGGCUCGGUUACCAUACUGGCAAGUGUUGUGUGGUCCAGUUGUGGUCCAGAUGUCAGUUUUUGGCUUGGACAUGGGUUAUGGCAAGUGUUGCGUGGGGAAGAAGUAUGUGGAGUUGGCCUGGACAUAGAUUACAGCUAUUUCUUUGUGAGCCAUUCAUCUGGCUGAGUUUUGACUUCCACACUCAUAAGGAACCUGCACCGUAAGUCAAGGCUAAAUGUGGACCAAACCAAACUGCAGAUGUACUUGGGCCAAACUUUUUUCUUUUUUUUUUUUUUUUUAAUCUGGGGAGGCUGUAUAUUUUUUGUUGUCGUUUUGACUGUUUGCAACAUGUGAAAAUGCCUUUAAAUAGCUCAGCCAAGCGUUGUUCUGCAGUUGUUUAGUUUUACAUCUCUACCUUUGAUCGAUGAGAUGGUGUAGUUUUUUCACCGAGACUGCUAUAUCAUUAUACUUGUAAUUUGAGCCCAUCAUAUUAACAGCAUCUAUAGUUUGAGCUUGUUUUAAAAACUAACCAGUAAGGUCCAGUGAAACUACAAUUAAUAAUUAUUAAUAAGCAAAUAGUUCUUGCAUGUAUAUUCAUCCUGAAUUUAUCAUGGCUACUUCGGUGUAAAGCUAGUGCCUGAAGAAAACAAAGAUUUUAUGUAGACAUGUACCCAAUAAUGUUUAUUGCCACUGUAACUUAUCAAUAUAAUGGCAGGUUUUUUUCAGGGCUGUGCACUUUAUAAUUUACAGUCCAAACACAGCGAUGGCAGCUUUGCACUUGAAUGUAAUUAUCUCUCAGAAUGAACAAAUUUAUUCUUUUUUUUUUUUUUUUGUAUAUAUUUGAAAAAAAUGUUUUAUUGCAACAAAGAUAUAAAAAACAACCAAAAGAACCAGAAGCUUGUGUCAAAUGAAGAGAUGUAAGGUUUCCUGCAAGCUGACUGUUAAUGUUUUGCUCAGGGUGAUGAUACAGAAGCCGAUUGAUCGCUGUGCUCGAUUAAUAUUCUCCUUAAAUCAUUUUCUCGAGAUAAGUUAAUUUUCUUAUUAUCUCAAGAUGAAGUGGACCGCUUUCUUGUGAUAACAGCAUAUUUUAUCUCGUCUCGAGAAAACAAAGUUUGUUUUGGUGUACAUGUGUAAUUCUGUGAAUGAUUGCUGGUAAAACUUAAUAUUCAGACACGUUACAAUUUCAGCCUUUGUCAGACUUGAUAGGAGUAAAAUCAAAUGUAUUGAUCAGUGAUGGAUAUUUCUUGACGGUGGUUUGACUGUACUGAGGCAUCCCAGUACAGAACAGCUCUGAACUGGGAUGCCCCACUAACUGAGGUGGUGGGAAAGAAGAAGAUAAUGACUAAGCUCUCAUCCAGGUAGAAGGACAGCCUCCCCUCCCCACCGUCCCACACCCAAGCACUGACAGCCCCACAGAGCCCCUUCAGAGACAGACUGCAGGAAUCCAUGAUUCCUACAGCAGUUAAACUAGAAACCAACACUACUCCCAGUAGACCACAAAACUACUAUAAUUUAUUUAUGUAUAUAAUGUUGUUGUUGUUUGUUUGUUUGUUUGUUUGUUUGUUUUUUUUAUAAUUCUUAUAUAUAAACAAGAAGUCAUUUCUGGGAAGAACAUUUGUGGAAUUAGCAUGUUCUCCAACUAUGUGGUUCUCUUCCGGCUUCCUUCUACAGUCCAAAGGCAUGUUUGUUCGAAUCUCUAUAUUCUCGCUAGGAGUGAGUGUGAGUCUGAUUAAAUGUUUGUCUGUCUGGGUUGGUUCUGGGAUGGACUAGGAACAGCUAUAGUCCCCUUCCGAGACUGCAUUUGAAUAAUCCAUUAACUCAAGACAACAAGAUAAAUAACGAGAUAAGUUAUCCUGUGAGAAAACUGUGUUAAGAAAUCAUGCAAGGACGGCACCUUUCAGCUUCCAUAUUAUGUAGUCUUCUUAGUCUGUUUUUUUUCUGAAGACUGAGCUUGCCAUGCUUUCGCAGUUUUUUUUGUUUUGUUUUUUUGUUUGUUUGUUUGUUUGGUUGGUUUUUUUUUUGUUUUUCUUUUGUCUUUUCUUUUUAUAUUUGAACCAGUUCUUCAAAGGAUGGAUUUGGAUUAUUCCUUUAACAUACACAUUCAAAAACGCACCUAUUGUCUUUAUUCAUACCUUUUAAUUAGCCACAUAGUGUGAAAACACACAAAACAGUAAUUAUGGUUUGCAUGCAACAAACGAAGGUUAACUCAUCUAGUAAGUUAAUUAGCAGCUAAAGUGCUGUUAAGCUGAUAAUACAUUCCUUUGAGAGCUGUGAGUGCAAAUCAAAACAUUUUUACACACUGUGAUUUGAAACAAUGUUAUUAAAGUUUGUCUCAUGUUUUAAAGUAAUUCCCUGUUAUUCAUAAAGGAUUUUUAUUUUUCGAAAGAAAAGAAAGAGUACAUUUACAAGUAGCAUAAACCUUUUUUUUUUAAUUAUAGCCAAAAAUCUACCAUUUAGAUAAAAUGUAUUAAAAGUUGUAGUGGAAGAUAUAAAACAAGCAUGGUAUGAAUUUUGAGUGAUGUAAAAGAAUUACACAUAUCCCAUUAAGUACAUACCAUGUUUGCAGAUUGGUGCAUGUUUAAUGUCUUAGAAACACUGAGAAGAAACACAAGCAGCCCUGAGGUUGACUGCUUCAAGUGGCCGUGUCAAAUAUAAAAUGUAGAACAUCCAAGAGGUUGGCGUUGGUGUCCCAUCGGAUGGUGGUUUUGGUAUGGGCUUUAGAACUAAUUGAUGUUCAUGCACUGCACCUGUUUGCUUAGUUUUAGGAUCUAAAAUGUCUUGUUUGGACUUAUGUAAUGAUUAUACAAAAGUUUGUGUUAAAAUAAAACCUUUAAAUAUAUAGGCCAACUGCUUAAAAGCUUCACUUUAAACUCCUUUAUUGUUCAGAAAUAUACCCAGCAAAAAGAAAGGCAUUCCUUACAGCUGCAGCUUUAUCAUAAAACAGAUAAGAUGUGUAAUAUGAAGAUAUGCAGCUGUGACAUAUUAAUAUGAAAUUCAUUACAAAAAUAUGGAUACUGAUUUCUUAUAAUUUGCUUAUUUAAAACAUUAUGCAACAUGUACUGCUAUGGUAAGAUUUUAUCUUCAUAUAAAAAAAUAACAGUGAAUCUCAAUAAUUCCACUUUAUGCAAUGAAACUAAAUAGCAACUCUGUAUGCAGUAAAAUCCACCUAAAUACUUUUAUAUUUUUUAUUAAAUACUUUUUUUAUUUACUGCUUUUAUAUUUUUUCACAAUUUUUCAGACACAUUCCUCUGCCAUUUCUUUACAGUGUACUUUUAUUAUGCUUAUCUGUUAUGCCCUUAUUCCAAGUUAGUUUACUGACAACCUGCUUUCAUGGCAGGUCAUGUGGGUAACAACACACUCUGCAGUCUGCAGCUUCUGGUUGCCUUGGCUGUUUAUGGUCAUGCUGCUUUUGUAUCAUUGACCUCAAUGUCAAAAGAAAGAAAACAGUGUCAUUAUCAAACAGAAAGAACAAGUUAAACCAGUCUUAGUUAAUUCUGCGAAAAGUCAACAGUGAAAGGAAAAGAAAAGUACACAGAAAGGAAAAUACACAGAAUGUUUGUUACUCAGUGGCCUAAUCAAAGUAAUUCAUGCACACACACACAUACCUGCUCUGAAUUUUCCUUGUUUGAUGUCAGUAGGAAUUAAAUCCAUCUAAUAACUCUCCAACCAAUGGAGUGUUUCUACACCUCUAUAUGAGAUGUAAAUAAACUGAUACUAUUUUCAUUUUGGUCUAAUUACCCAUUUUAAAUUAUAUUUGUGUACAGUAGUAGAAACAGGAUGGGAAAAUAGGUUUUAAUAACUGUUUUUUCUGAAAUAACUACAAUUAGGAUUUGGUUAGGUUUAGGCAAAAAAAAAAAAAAACGUACUAAAAAAUGCUUCUUGUUAAAUUAUU